AGAAUUGAAUUACUUUGCUUGAAAUGAAAUGAAGGUUGACUGACUCUAAGGUCAAAGGCUUUGUCCUCCAUCCAUCCAUCCAUCCAUCCAUCCAUCGAUGAUUCUAUCCCCAUGGCUUUCCCUCACGCCGGUGGUGGCUAGUCCUUCCCUCCGACCACCACCAUAUUCAGUGUUUCACCCUCUCUCCUCCAUCCCUUUCCCUUCUCUCAGAUGCUCUUGUCUCAGUAGCAAACCCACUCCCCAUGGGUUCUCGGUUUUGGCAUCAGAGAUUCCGUGGGAAGACAAGAACGUAUGGAGCACUUUCGCUCUUUACAUGUUCUGCCUCCAUAUUCCUCUCAGUUUUGGUGGUUUAUCCAUCCUUGCUCGCACCCUCCACACCCCUCUUCUCCAUCCUCAGACCCAAGUGCUAUCCCUUGUGCUUCUCCAGUUGCUCGAACUUUCACUCACCCUCUUCCUUCUGAGGUCCACCGCCAAGCCUCAAUUCAAAUCAUUCAACUUUCUUAAGGGCACUAACAACAGUGUCGGGAGAAACUGGGUGGUUGGUUCAGCUUUGGGUUUUGGAACUCUUGUGGCUUUUAUCUUCCUCACUUCACUUGUAGCUCAUCAACUCUUUCCUUCUCAGGAUGUGCACAACUCCGAAUUGGAUAAGAUUAUUGAGAGCGGGGAGGUGUCGAGAAUUGGGUGUUUUGUUCUCUACUGCGUUGUAGCUCCCAUACUUGAGGAGAUUGUGUACAGACGAUUUCUACUCAGCUCCUUAGCGUCCACAAUGGAAUUGAGGAAGGCCCUUGUGAUCAGCUCAGGAGUUUUUGCAGCAUCUCACUUCUCUGGGGAGGAUUUUGUGCAGCUGUUUGGGAUAGGGUGCCUUCUCGGGGGAUGUUACAGCUGGUCAGGGAACUUAGCCUCGUCCGUGGUCGUCCACUCCUUGUACAAUGCCUUGACACUCCUCCUUGCGCUGCCUUCUUAGCCACACCACCCAAGAUGGGCCAUCUUUCUUUGUUUAGAAGACAGAGUAUAAACCGUGUGUGUUUGUUUAAAGAGAGAAUCUUGAUCCCCUUUUAGUUUAAUAAAGUGUAUUGAUUAAUGGUA